AUGAAGACUCAGGUUUUGUACUUCCUUGUUGCUGUUGCUGCCGUGGCUGCAGACAGGAGGCCUGCCUACUCCUAUGGGCCGCCGCAGGAUUCGUUCGAGUAUUCGGAGGAAUCCACGGAGGCCAAGUACGCCUUCGACUGGGCCGUCCGCCACGCCUACUCCGGCAACGACUUCGGCCACCAGGAGGCCCGCGACGGCGACUUCACUCAGGGGUCGUACUACGUGCAGCUCCCCGACGGCCGCCUGCAGACCGUCAGGUACGUCGUGGACGGCUACUCAGGCUUCAUUCCCGAGGUCGAGUACAAGGGCGAGGCUCGCUACAACUCGGCUGAGUCUCGGGAGUACGGGCGGCCCAGACCCGUGUACGGCGCCCCCGAGUCGGAGGAGUCCAAGGAGAGUCGUCCCGUGUACACGCCCAGGCCCGUGUACGGCGCCCCCGAGUCGGAGGAAUCACUAGAAAUCCCUGUGUACAUCCAGCAGGAACCCAUUUACAGACCUGUGUACACCACACCUAGACCCGUGUACACCACACCCAGGCGAGUGUACACGACCCCUAGGCCCGUGUACACCACACCCAGGCGAGUGUACACGACCCCUAGGCCCGUGUACACGACUCCGAGGCCCGUGUACACGACUCCUAGGCGAGUGUACACGACUCCUAGGCGAGUGUACACGACUCCUAGGCCCGUGUACACGACACCCAAGCCCGUAUACACGACACCCAAGCCCGUGUACACCACACCCAAGCCCGUGUACACCACACCCAAGCCCGUGUACACCACACCCAAGCCCGUGUACACCACACCCAAGCCCGUGUACACCACACCCAAGCCCGUGUACACCACACCCAAGCCCGUGUACACCACACCCAAGCCCGUGUACACCACACCCAAGCCCGUGUACUCUGCCCCCGAAUCGGAGGAGCCCUACCAGGCCCCCGUGUACACCCCGCCCCAGACGCCCGACGGCGCCCCCCACUUGAGGCUGCAGGAGAGGACGGAGCUCUCGGCGACGGCGGGAUUUUAAACAUGUAAAAUCUAUAUGAUUACAGAUGAACAAUUUAUAAUUAAAGAUUCAACAUUU